CCUUUUGCUCAUUUUUGCUCUUCUCCUCUCUUUUUUUCUAGCUGUUGCAGCCCAAUGGGCCAACAUCUGCCCGAGUCAACCCGCAAACAAGAUCAGAGGCUGUGACACCAAGGGCUGCGGCGGAUACAACGAGCGCAGGGGUGGCAAGCGGCACAGAGGGGUGGACGUGGUGUGUGAGGACGGCUCCACGGUCCACGCGCCCUUCACGGGGAGGAUCGAGCGGCGAACGCGGCCCUACGGCAACGCCAUCGAUGACGGCGUGCAGCUCUCCGGGUCAGGUUUCUGCGUCAAGAUGUUCUACAUCAAACCACUCAAGUCAAGCGGCCCCAUCAGGAAGGGUGAGAAGAUCGGCGUCCUGCUGCCCAUGCAAAGCGUGUACCGAGGCAUCACCUCCCAUGUCCACGUCCAGAACUGCGACCUCACCGACCCCACGCCCCACUUGUGA